AUGACGGAAGCCGCGCGCCAAUACGUUCCUUUGACCUGCCAUGGCCACUCGCGACCUGUACCCCAUCUCUGCUUCUCGAGCUUGGAGAAGGAUGGGCAAUAUUUCAUGAUCUCGGCUUGUAAGGACGGGAACCCCAUGCUGCGCGAUGGCACGACGGGCGAUUGGAUUGGGACAUUCAUCGGCCACAAAGGCGCAGUCUGGCAGGCCAGACUGAGCCCGGACAUCAACAAUGCGGCCACCGCUUCGGCCGACUUCACCGCAAAGAUUUGGGACACGCAUACGGGCGAAGUCCUUUACACUCUGCAGCACGACCAUAUUGUCCGCGCCGUCGCCUAUCCGCCCGAUAACUCCGACCUCGUUGCGACGGGAGGCCACGAGAAGAAGCUGCGUGUCUUUGACCUGACCGAGUACAACCGAAGUAACGCCCUUAGUCAGAACGGUCACGGGCAAAACGGCGCGUCGCGGCCCGAGCCCAUCACCAUUCCCGCAUCGUCGGGCCACGAGAUUGGCGAAGGCGUCCACAAGGACUCGAUCAAGUCCAUCAUCUGGACGCAGAACCCGAGCAUCAUUGUCACCGCGUCUAAUAAGACUUUGCGAUGGUUCGACCUGCCCACAAAACAGGUGAUCCGUGAGGAGGUCCUGGAUGGCGAGAUCAAAUCGUGCGAGCUGGUAUCCCUGGCGCCGGAAUACACGUCGUCUACCGACAUCGGCGGCGGCAUGCCUGUUCUGGCGGUGUCUGCCGGUCGGUGGGUGUACUUUUGGGGCGGACCCAAUGCCAUGGACGAGCUCAAGCGAAUGGACAUGAAACACGGCGUGGCGAGCGUCGGUCUCGAUCUCAAGGGAAGGAAGGUCGUGGUUGGGGAGGAGCCCGGCACAUGGGCCAAGGUCUGCCGCUGGGACGAUGGCAGCGACAUUGAAACCCACAAGGGCCACCAUGGCCCCAUCUGGUCGGUGGUGUUCUCGCCCGAUAACAAGCUGUAUGCGACGGGAUCGGAGGACGGAACCAUCAAGAUGUGGAAGAAUUGUGAAGGCCCUUAUGGGUCGACUGCGUCUGAGCUCUAUUGGCGGGACUACCCUUGCCGCGACGACACACCUGGAAGCAGCCGUGUCUCGUCGCACGGGACAGUGCUGUGCGGAGGCGGUGGUUUGGAGUGUCUCGAGUAUGGUCAAACCGACAGCAACCGGAAACCCAGAUGCAGCACUCAUCCGUACGUCGUACACACGCAGCACGCACACCGCGCAUCGUCAAACGCAGCGAACAUGUUACAUGAGGGUAUCAAUUGUGGCAGACAACAUCCAGGAACUAGGAAAGCUGCGACUACGUACUUGCACCGUAAGGGUUCCCCGUUUUCGCUCGAUUCGUCCGGCCUAUCUAACGACGGGCUCGUUCGCUUCAAGAAGACGGAUACGCCGUCAUCAAUUGAUUCCGUCGCGGCUUGGGAUACCAGGAGAGACGACGGGAACUGCGUGACGUCGAACUUGACGUUGUCUACCGGGACGGUCGGCGACAUGCCUUUUGUUGACGAACAGCCGAAGGCCACAAGCUACGACGGAUGUCUCAGUCAGCUCUCUUGUGACGUCGUUUCUGUGACGGCGGAGAAGUUCCAGGGUGCGGCUGUGGAUGAUGAGUGCUCGACUCUUGUCGGAUCGGGCGACGUCUUUACUGAUGAUGCGGGAAGGGACAUUCUGGAUGGAGAGUUCCAGGGCCAGGGUCAACCCCCGUUGGCCCUGCACCCACGAUGA